AUGCCUUAUUUAUCUGAUCGACAAUAUGGUCUUCUAUCUCAUCGACGUUUAUUAGUUAAAUUAAAAAAUUCAAGUUCAAUAACUCGCCGGCUUAAAUUAGAUCGAACAUUAAAUGUACAUCGAGGUUGUGUAAAUACAAUAUGUUGGAAUGAACGUGGUUCAGCAAUAUUAUCUGGUUCUGAUGAUCAACAUCUAAUUGUAACUGAUCCAUAUACAACAAAAAUUUUAACAAGUGUACAUAGUAGUCAUAGAGAAAAUAUAUUUUCAGCUAAAUUUUUACCAGAAACAAAUGAUCGUCGUGCAAUAUCAUGUUCAGGAGAUGGUGUUAUAUGUCAUACAGAUUUUGAUCGACCACCCAAUACACAUAGUAAUGAUGGUUGUUUUACUUGUCAUGGAGCGGCAACAACUUAUGAAGUGAGAGUUAUUCCACAUACACCAAAUUUAUUUUUUUCAUGUUCUGAUGAUUGUACGGUACGAUUAUAUGAUUUAAGAACAAAAAGUAAUUGUUUAAAAGCUCAUUGUAAUGAUGAUAUACUUAUAAGAAGUAAAUGGGCAAUUACAUCUAUUGAUAUCAAUUCAAUGAAUCCAAAUGAAAUUGUUUGUGGUUGUUCUGAUUCAUCAGUUCGUUUAUAUGAUCAUCGAAAACUUUCUACUCUAUCAACAGCUGAUACACCAACGGCUCGUCGUUGUGAAGCAUCAAUUAGUGGUCUUAUAUCUCGUUUUGUAUUAAUGGAUCGUAAAGAAAAACGUCCACCACGUAUAACAUCGGUUGUAUUUAAUCCAAAUGGUACGGAAGUUUUAGCAUCAUACUCAUCUGAAUCCCUUUAUCUACUUGAUCCAAAACAAACAAUAUCACAAGAACAAAGUCAAGAACGGCUUACUCAACAUCGAAAUGAGGAACAAACAAGAGCAAAUGUAAAUGAAAGUAAACCGCCAGUAGUAAAUGAGUCUCCAACAACACCAGAAAAGAAACCGUCGCAUUUUAAACGAUUACGUCUUCGUGGUGAUUGGAGUGAUACAGGUCCUGAUUCUCGUCCAAUGAAUGAACAAGAAACUGAAGCAUCAGCAGCAGCAGCAACAGCAACAUCUAAUCCUAGUAAUACUGAACAGCAACAAGCAACAACUGAUACUAAUAAUUCAGAUGAACAACAAUCAACAGCACGAAGUCGCAAUUUACAAAACUUUUUUAUGCAACGUAUGAGUGAUAUAUUAACACAAUUAGUUACGAGUACUGGAACAGAUAAUGAAGAAGGUGAACCUGCAGUCUCUUCUAAUAAUAAUAAUAAUAAUUCAACACCAACUAUUGUUGAAGAAAAUACACAUACUGAAUCACCAAUGUCGGUGACUACUACUCCUAUUAUAGAAUCACCUCCAUCUAUUGAAGAUACAGCCGCAGCAGCAACAACAACAACAACAACAAAUGAUGAUAUUAAUGAAAACGAUACAGAAUCAGAAAAUAGUCGAGACAGACUGGGAUUUUUUGAUAUUUUAUUUGGACGAGAUCGUCAAGAAAAUAAUGCAGAUGAUGAUGAUGAUGGUGAAGAUGAAAUCAAUGAUGAAGUUGAAGAAGAAGACAGUAUGGAUGAUGAUGAUGAUGAUGAUAGAGAUACUGAAGAUUCUCAAGCAGCAUCAUCAACAUUAACAACAGAUAAUAAUCCUACAUCUGGACGUGCACGUCGUCCAUUAAUGGCUGCAAAAUGGGAUCGUAUAAUGAAACGUCGUGAAACAGAACGUCGUCAUGAAGAAAAUCUAUUAAAAAAUGUUCCUAGUUUAGGUUUAAUUAAUUCUUAUUCUGGCCAUCGUAAUGCACGUACAAUGAUUAAAGAAGCAAAUUUUUGGUCGGAUUCUUAUGUUAUGUCUGGUUCUGAUUGCGGACAUAUAUUUAUUUGGAAUAAAUUUACUGGUAAACUUGUACGAAUUAUCCAAGCUGAUGAACAUGUAGUGAAUUGUGUACAACCACAUCCAUUAGAUUAUCCAAUAUUAGCAUCAAGUGGAAUUGAUUAUAAUAUAAAAUUAUUUUCACCAUUGGCUGAAACGCCAGUUGAUGAUAGUGAACUUAUUAAUCGUACAAUAAAACGUAAUCAUGCAAUGUUAGAAGAAACAUCAAGUACAAUAACUGUACCAGCUACAUUUAUGUUUCGUAUGCUAACAUCAUUCUAUCGAUUACGACGACCAGAAGGAUUAUUUGGACUAGAUGAUGACGAUGAUAACAACGACGAAUCAACCGAGUGA